UUCAGUAUUCCAGGCUUUCCAAAGUUUCCACCUUUAAAUUCCGAGAGUAGAGAGAAACUGCAUCCUUCCGUAGUCCAGCAUCCUAUUUCCGUCACAAUGAGAACUCGGAAUGCCGAAACCCCCAAAUCCGGGGCCACCAAGAAAGCUCCGGCGAAGAGGUCCGCCAUUAAAACACCUACGAAGCCCUCGGAGGGAGCCGUAGAGUCAACAACGCCGACAUCCGCCGAGACCAAACCUGCAUCUACAACCGUUUCAAAACCAUCGAAAAAUAGCACCGCUGCUGCGAAACCAGCAACUCCCUUGUCCGCUUCAAAACCCGAAGCCAAAGUGGAAGAUGCGAGUACAUCAGUUGAUACUGCACAGACAACGCCGGAGACGAAAGCGGCCCCGGCUGCUAAAUCUUCGGCCAAGAAAACAUCCGGGAAAACUAAAACCCCUUCUGCAGCCAAAGCUUCCUCUGCACAGAACCCUAAGCCAGCGGAGGCUGUAAGUACGAAGGUUGAUAAAUCGACAAAUAAGGAAGAUCAGGUGGGUGCAAAUAUUGGUGAUUCUUCGAAGGAGGAACCUGCAGUUGCUGCAGUUGGGGAUUCUCAAAUAAAGGAAGAAAUUGCUGUCGAGCAUGUAAAAGAGUCCCACAAAAAGGAAGAUCUGGUUGUUGCAAAGGUUCAAGAAUGUUCGACGAAGAAGGAAUCUGUUAUUGUCAAGGGGGACGAGGAGGUGAAGGAUGAAAUCAAGUCGGAGGGGGUGACAGAAGCUUCCGAUGACAAAAAGGAGCCUGUCGGUGACCUAGUGAAAGAAGAUAGAGGAGGCAUUGAAGGUGAGAAUGCUCAAACAGAGGAGAAUGAGGAUGGUUUUGAUGAUGGGAUAGAGGACUUUGGUGAGCAAGAGGGAUUUGAAGGACGUGGGGAUGAAGAGAGAGCAGAAGAAGAGGAGGCGGCGUGGGAUGAGGAUGCUGCGGGAUUGGAAGAACAGCUGGAAAUAUCUGCUGCUGCCAAGGAGCGGAAGAUGAAGAAAGAGCAUGAGAUAUUUGUAGGUGGGUUGGAUCGGGAUGCCGUGGAGGAGGAUGUGAGAAUAGCUUUCGAAUCAAUUGGAGAGAUUGUUGAAGUUCGGUUGCAUAGGAACCCGUCGACUAAUAAGAAUAAGGGGUUUGCAUUUGUCAAGUUUGCGGAUAAGGAGCACGCUACCCGUGCUUUAUCAGAAUUGAAGAAUCCCAUUAUACGUGGAAAGCGUUGCGGUACUGCUCCCAGCGAGGACAAUGAUACACUUUUCUUGGGUAACAUAUGCAAUACCUGGACAAAGGAAGCCAUUAAGCAAAAGCUAAAAGAGUAUGGCAUUGAAGGCAUCGAAAAUAUUACACUUGUUCCAGACCCACAACAUGAAGGAUUGAGUCGAGGCUUUGCAUUCCUUGAGUUUUCUUGUCAUGCUGAUGCAAUGCAAGCAUACAAGCGCCUGCAAAAAACAGAUGUGAUUUUUGGCCAUGCUGAGAGAACUGCCAAGGUGGCCUUUGCUGAACCAUUACGUGAGCCAGAUCCAGAGGUCAUGUCCCAGGUUAAGUCUGUUUUUGUAGAUGGGCUCCCUCCUCAUUGGGAUGAGGAUCAUGUUAGAGAGCAUUUUAAAGAGUAUGGGGAGAUUGAACGCAUAGUUCUUGCCCGGAAUAUGUCGACGGCAAAGAGGAAAGAUUUUGGUUUUGUUGAUUUUACUACACAUGAAGCUGCUAUUGCUUGCAUUGAUGGUGUAAAUGGUACAGAACUGGGUGAUGGGAAAUCAAAGACGAAAGUCAAAGUGAGAUUAUCAAAUCCUUUGCCAAAGACUCAGGCAGUGAAGGGUGAUAUGCGAGGUGGAUUUCGAAUUGGUCGCUCUGGUAGUGUCAGAGGCUUUGGACGUGGAGCACGUCCCUUCAUCCGUGGCAAGAAUUUUUAUCCACGGGGACAGGGCCAAACUGGGAGAUUUGCUUUUGCAGAUGAUAUUGAUUAUCGUGGAAGACGGGCUUUUAGUGGACAAGGUCUUUCAGUAGGAAGGAGGCCUGACAGGCCUAGGAAUGUUGCCAGUGAGAGAACUCAUGGAAAGCAAAUUCAAUCUAGGAGGCAAGCAUUUUCCUCAGGAGAUUUUAACCGACCUUAUGGUGGCAGAUACUAUGUCGAUGAUCCUUAUCUGUAUGAGAGGGGGCAUGGAAUGAAACGGCCAUUUUCUAUGGUGGACCAGGAGCCUAGUUACUUUGAACCAAGUGGAAUUCGUCCCCGGUAUGGUCAUCCCGAGCCUGCUUCACUGUCUCGUAGUGCUCAUUAUCGAGAUUCUUUUGGACCUGGAGGUGGAUUAUAUUCACAUGAUUAUUACGGUUCUGAUUAUGGUCGUGGUCCAUACUCUUCUCUUUAUGGUGAUCGCCCAUUUGGAGGUGGCUAUUACUAUUAGACCUGCAAAGCUUUUGCUGGUCUUGCAGAUAUGUGACACACUGUUGCUGAGUGUUGGACAAGUUCGCUACCUUUUUGGGGGAAAAUAAUUAAAAAGUAGUUUUCUUUUGGAUCCCCUUCUUUCUUUUAUGAAUUUUAUGUUGGAAUUUGUUCAGUGUAUUGCUUUGUCUAGUAUAGUUUAUGUCCUUCAAGGAGUUCAAAAACAUUGAAACUAAGACUACCGAGAAUCAAUGACAAUGAUACUUCAAUUUGCCCCAGUGAAAGUUUAUGAAAAGAUCAAAUACAGGCUCUUGAGGUUGAUCUGGAGGUAUCACUUUGCUGCUUAUGGUCAUAAUUAUGUCCUGAUCUGAGGUUACCAAUUAGUGAUCAUUUACCCGGAAGCUUAAAGUGAAUAAAACUGGAUACUUUUUUC